UCUCUCUCUCUCUCUCUCUCUUUAAUGGAGGGCCGUUUCAAACAAUUUUGUCGGCGAGAGACGUUAUUAAUCAUAUAGAAAUAUAUGAUAAUUACCAAUUAGUGCCAAUAAGUAUUAUUGUAUUCUUUUCGCACUUUGCUGAGCUAGAUUUUUGCUUGUAUGCGUGGAAUUCUUUCAUUUUUACGGUGCAGUUGUUUUCCAUGCCAUAUAUAAGCAUUAGUUUUUGGUGUCAUUUACAUAAUUAAUGCUUAUAAUAAGCACCUACACUUACACAGAGAGCUCCCCUGUUUUUUGGGUGGUUCCUCUUCCUCUUCCUCUGCUUCUUUUUUCUGUUUCUCUGCUUCAAUUUUUUCAUUUUUGGUGUUUGGGCUUCAGCAGUACCUGUUCUUGUCUCUUUGGUCAUUGCAUCUGAGGCUUUUGUCCCAUGAAGAUGAUAGUGGCACUGCUCUUGCUGCUGGCGUUGAGCAAUGCUGUCAAAAUUAAUGGAGAAGAGAGUGAUGGACAGUGUGAUAAUAAGUUGACAUUGGAUCCAAGACCACACAGUGUGUCCAUCUUGGAGUUUGGUGCUGUGGGAGAUGGCAAAACAUUGAAUACCAUAGCCUUCCGGAAUGCCAUUUUCUAUCUCAAGUCCUUCGCUGAUAAGGGUGGUGCCCAGCUUUAUGUGCCUCCGGGAAGGUGGCUUACAGGAAGCUUCAAUCUUACCAGCCACCUUACACUCUUCUUGGAAAAAGGUGCUGUCAUUCUUGGAUCUCAGGACCCAUCUCACUGGGAAGUUGUUGAUCCCUUACCCUCAUAUGGUAGGGGGAUUGACCUUCCUGGAGGAAGGUAUCGAAGCUUGAUAAAUGGAUAUAUGUUACACGACGUGGUGAUUACAGGUGAUAAUGGAACCAUCGAUGGCCAGGGCUCAGUUUGGUGGGAUUGGUACAGUUAUCAGUCUUUGAACUACAGCCGGCCCCAUCUUGUGGAGUUUAUAUCGUCUGAAAAUGUAGUAGUUUCAAAUCUUACUUUCUUGAAUGCCCCUGCAUAUUGCAUCCAUCCAGUCUAUUGCAGUAAUGUGCACGUUCAGAAUGUCUCAGUCUCUGCUCCUUCUGAAUCUCCUUACACCGUUGGUAUAGUCCCAGAUUCUUCUGAUAAUGUGUGCAUAGAGGACUGUGUCAUUGACAUGGGCUAUGAUGCCAUUGCACUCAAGAGUGGUUGGGAUGAGUAUGGUAUUGCUUAUGGCAGACCCACCACAAACGUACACAUCAGAAGGGUCCACUUGAAAUCACAUUCAGGCUCUUCCCUUGCUUUUGGCAGUGAGAUGUCUGGUGGCAUUUCUGAUGUGCAUGUUGAGCAGGCACAUAUAUACAACUCAUUUAGCGGUAUUGAGUUUAGAACUAGCAAGGGCAGAGGUGGUUACAUUAAAAGAAUCAUCAUUUCAGAUGUUGUAAUGGAAAGCAUCUACUUGGCAUUUGCCGCCACUGGUCAGUGCAGCUCCCAUCCAGACGACAAGUAUGAUCCUAAUGCUCUCCCUCUUUUGGAUCACAUCACCUUGCAGGAUGUGAUUGGCACAAACAUCACAAUUGCUGGAAGCUUUACAGGGAUACAAGAAUCACCUUUUACUUCUAUCUGUCUCUUCAAUGUCUCCUUAUCAAUUACUCCUGGAUCUCCCACAUCUUGGGUAUGUUCCAAUGUGUUUGGCAUUGCGGAAUCUGUGUUCCCUGAACCUUGCCCUGACCUUGAGAGCUCAUAUUCAAAUUCUUCCUUGGCUUGCUUUUCCCUCAUGCAUUUAAAUGGAAAAGCUGCGGCCUUAUGAUACCAUUCCUUCAUACUACAACCAUUCUCUUCAGUCUUCAGCCCCACCUUACAAUUUACCAUUCCAAAUUAGGCCACAUUCUUUUCCAAUAAGACACAUGUUUACACUAUUUGUUUCUUCAUCCCCUAUAUUUGCAUUCCUGCGUGUUUCGAUGUGCAGCUUAUUUGUACAGCUUCAUUUCUUCAUUCAUGUGUAAGGAAAUUUUUGGUAGUGAUGGUGCAGAGGUACUCUCAUGUUGUUAGUAUUGCAGUGUAAUUUCAUUUGUAAAAUGUUUACUUGAUGUGGAGUGACAUGUCAAAUAAGAUGGUAGAUAUGGAAGGAAAUUUCAAAAGGAGCCAUGUGAUUGAAAUGAAGGGUUUUUGGUCAUCAAAGUAAAAGAUAGAAUGGAUGAGUUGAUUACGUUUUA